AUGUCUCAAUCUUUAAUUCUAUUUCGAGGUUCUGGUAAGAUUGAAUAUCAGUAUAAUAAUAAAGUGGGUCCCUUUAAUGAGUUUAUUUCUCAUAUGGUCAAUGGGACAGAUAUCGAGUUAGAACCAGACUUUCAUACACAAAGUAUCAACCAGAAGCGCUUCUAUUCAUUCAGCAAAGAGCAUGUAUAUGCUGCAAUAUAUUUUGACCUCGUUACUACCAUUGAUCGUGAGAAAAUCAAGCACACCUUAGCGGGGAUGAUAAAGAUUUUUAACAAAAUAAGUAAUGAAGAAUAUUCAAAAGAGGAAAUGCAACAGAAGUUGAAGAAAUUGCUUGAUUUCCAGUUCUUACAAUUAAUGAAGUUCAAAACAAGGGAGCAGCAAUUGCCUACCAAGGAAUCCCUGGAAUCGUCGACAGAAGCAAGCGGCACGACACAUGUGACGGGCAAAGCUAAUCCUAAACUGUCAAAAAAGAUGAGGAAAUGGGAUAGCUCUGGUAUAGUAGAAGUCGAGAGCUCGAAAGUCUUAGAUUACUCUGAGCAAAAUGAGGAACAAGAGGAUGUGUCUCAUGGUACUCAAAACUUAGCUAAUAACUCCGCAUUCGUUCACGAAAAUGAAUUGGUUUUAGUUUCAGAACUCAACGAAUUACUUGAUAAUGGCAGUGAUUCAGACUCACAGGAGCCUUCAGAAGAACUAGAUUCAAAGGCAAAGGGAUUUUUCAGCAAGUUUUCGCAAUAUUUUGGUAGUUCGGUUAACCUCGAUGACGUAUCUAAGAAGUUUAAUGAACAAUUGAUUUCUAAGAACAUUGCUCCACCAACUGCCGAGACCAUCAUUACAAGGAUUGAAAGAAAACUAGAGAACAAGAAAGGUGUCAAUAUGAAUAUAUAUAGGCAAGCCUUGUUCGAAGAAUUAACAAAAAUAUUGACACCUAACGUCUCAACUGAUCUACUUUACGAUAUAAAGCGAAGUCACACAACUUCUCGACCUUAUGUUAUUUCUAUCGUAGGUGUUAAUGGCGUUGGAAAGUCUACGAAUUUAGCCAAAUUGGCUUAUUGGUUCCUCCAAAAUAAUUUAAGCGUCUUGAUCUGUGCAUGUGAUACGUUCAGAUCAGGAGCUGUGGAACAGCUAAAAGUUCAUGUAAACAACUUGAAGAAGCUUAAUAACUCAUCCAAUUCUAAAAUUGACAUCUUUGAAAAAGGAUACGGGGGUGGGGACCAUGUUGUUGCUACAGCAAAACUGGCAAUACAGCUUGCGUCGGCGGAAAACUAUGAUGUUGUAUUGAUAGAUACUGCCGGUAGAACUCAUUCAAAUGCUAAACUUAUGGCACCACUCAAAAAAUUCGGUGAUGCCGCUAAUCCUGACAAAAUCAUUAUGGUAGGAGAAGCACUCGUUGGGACAGACUCAGUCGAGCAAGCAAUUAAUUUUAACAAUGCAUUCGGAAACAAGCGUAAUUUGGAUUUCUUUAUAAUUUCCAAGGUCGACACUGUUGGAGAUUUAGUCGGUUCAAUGAUAAAUAUGGUUAUGGCGACAAAAGUUCCUGUUUUGUUUGUUGGAACAGGUCAGACAUAUACCGACAUCAAGAGACUAAGCGUAAAUAAGGUCGUAGAUUUAUUAAUGAAAUAA